AUGGCCGUCAGCGGCGUUGAAGCGAUGCAAAUUUUUACACUACACGAGGUCGUUCUACCCCUCUACAUCCUUGGGGCCUUGAUUGUAGUGAAAGUCAUGAUACCAAACCCAAACUUUCCCGCGAUGACGACGCAGAGGCACGAAGGGAAUAUAUUCGCAUUAUUCAACGGUUACAAAAAUAACACAAUCGCUGUAGUGCCCAAUUCUACAGAAACUCUCAGCUUCUUAAGCUCCAUGAACAGCCUCUGGCUCUCUAUGUGGGAUUAUCCCGGUAAGCUUCCCUUAAACUUCAUGGUAUUCGACACGAAGGACGAUCUGCAAGCAGCAUAUUGGAGAGAUCCUUACAGCGUACCUCUAGCAGUUAUCUUCGAGGACUCUCAGCCAAUAUCACGGCGUCUCAUAUAUGAAAUUCGGACGAAUCCUUCAUACACUUUGCCACCUUCGCCAACCGAAUUAUAUUCCGCUCCUAUCAGUUGUCGAAAGAACAAGACGGGUCACUGGAUGGGUGACCUCUUAUCGAUAAAAACCGGCGAAUCCUGUCCCGUCAAUAAUUACUUGCAUUCCGGCUUUUUGGCCUUACAAAUGAUGAUGGACGUUACGAAGAUAAAAUUGGACAUGGGAGAUUCCGUCGAUGUGACAGUACCGGAUAUUAAACUCACAAUGUUUCCCAAGGAAGCAUACACCGCUGAUUGGAUGUUGGCCUUCAGAGUUGUUAUUCCGCUCUACAUGGUCUUGGCACUCUCGCAAUUCAUCACCUAUCUUCUGAUUUUAAUAGUUGGCGAGAAAGAGAAUAAGAUCAAGGAGGGCAUGAAGAUGAUGGGCUUAAACGACUCCGUGUUUUGGUUGUCGUGGUUCAUCAUCUACAGCAUCUUUGUGUUUUUACUCUCUGCCGUCGGAGUGGUGUUACUCUUCACUCUGCAAAUGUUUCAACACACGCAUUUCCUGCCGAUAUUUCUUUUGGUAGUUUUGUACAGUUUCUCCGUGAUUAUGUUUGCCUUCAUGAUCACGCCAUUUUUCGACAAAUCGCGUACGGCUGGUGUCUUGGGAAAUUUUGCUGUUACGAUAUUGAGCUUAAUGUACUUCAUUCAAGUGUUUAUAAGUGAUUCUAGUUCAGUUAUAUAUUGGUUAGUUUCUCUGAUCAGUCCAACUGCAGUCGCCUUGGCGAUGGAUAAGGCUUUGGUGCUAGAUCUGCAGGGUGAGGGAGUGAAUUUUGACAAUCUAUGGUCUGGACCUGGAAUACCUUUUGGAGGCAGUCUCAUCAUGAUGACCCUGGAUAUCUUUUUGUACGGCUAUCUGGCCUAUUAUCUUGACUCUGUAAUACCAAGUGAACAUGGAACAAAGAGGCCACCUUGGUUUUGUUUCCUACCCGGAUUUUGGUGUCAGAAAAAAGUCCAAAGAGUACCGUCGUCGAAUGGCGAAUCAAACUCAUUUAUCCCAGGCGAAGAAGCGAAUCGCGACGUGGAGCCGGUGGUGCGCGAGAUGAAGGGUCGCGAAGCGAUCAGGAUAGCCGAUCUCUAUAAAUCGUUUCACAAAUGUAGACGUCCGGAGACCAAAGCGGUGAACGGUAUUAAUCUAACCAUCUACGAAGGUCAGAUCACCGCCAUCCUCGGCCAUAAUGGCGCUGGCAAGACUACCCUCUUCAACAUCCUCACGGGUUUGACCGCACCUACAUCCGGCACCGCCCUAAUAUUCGGCUACGACGUGCGUGACUCCAAUGAUAUGCGGGCGAUACGUAGCAUGACCGGAGUUUGUCCGCAACACGACAUCCUUUUCGAUCUACUGACGCCACGUGAACACCUCGAGUUCUUUGCCGCGGUGCGUGGCAUUCCACGCUCGAUGAUACGACACGAGGUACGUAAUGAUAACGAGAACAUCUAUACCAGGAUGUUGAAGAAAAACGAUUUAGCCUUUCUAAGCGGUGGACAGAAGAGAAAGCUGUCUGUGGGAAUUGCCAUCAUCGGCGACCCUAAAAUUAUUAUCCUCGAUGAACCAACCGCCGGGGUGGAUCCUUAUUCGAGACGACAGUUAUGGUCUCUCUUGCAGUCGAGACGGCACGGAAAAGUGAUUCUGUUGACGACUCAUUUCAUGGACGAAGCGGACAUACUCGCCGACAGAAAAGCGGUGAUUAGCAAGGGAAAGCUCAGAUGUUGCGGCAGCUCUCUGUUCCUCAAGAAUAAAUUUGGCAUUGGAUACCACUUGACGCUGGUUCUGGAAGGCAAUGCUAGGGAACAUGCCAUCAGCCGAUUAGUAAUGUCACACGUGAGCAAAGCGGAGAAGGCGAGACGUCACGGUCGGGAAUUAAGCUUUAUUCUACCCCACAAUUCUGUGGAAAACUUCGCACCUCUUUUCUCCGCCAUCGAACACGAGAUCAAGACCCGCUCGAGCAGGCUCGGCAUCAGCAGCUACGGCGUGUCGAUGACCACCCUGGAGGAGGUGUUCUUGCAUUUAGAGAAGGACGAGGAGACCGAGUGCACGAUGGACAACUUGUCAAAGAAGAUGGUGCGCAAUCGCGCGCUCAGCCGAUCGCUUUCAUUACAAUCCAAGAGCACGUCGUAUCAGAGCUUGCAAAACGAAGGAGUGACCGUGCAGAGCGACAGUCAGGGAAAAACGAGCGAUCUACCGGAUGGCGUCCAUAACGAUCGAAAUCCGCCUGUACUCGGCCUCGGCCUAGAUCCCAUCAAAAUUCGGCCUAAUUUCCUUCAAAUUCUCUAUGCCAUGCUACGUAUAAGAGUACUCAGACUCUUCAGGAAUCUCCAAUUGUUAUAUUUCACAAUCAUCAUGCCUCUGGCUCUGAUAGUGCUUGGUCUUUAUCUGAACAGCAUCCGAACAGUUGACAUCAAGAUGCAGUCGUUAAAACUUAAUAGCUAUACAUACAACGAAACCGAGAUCGUAUACUUAAAUAAUACUGACCACGAUAUUACUGAAUUGAUAGACAGCAUAGCUCAAGACGCGAAGCACAUCGAGGAAUACGAUGGCAAUUUCGCGAAUUUAAUGAAUAUCGCACCGCAUAUAGCCGCCUUCAAUAUUAAUGAUUAUAAUCUAGCACGACUCAAUCUGACCGUGAUGUACAACGAUACGAUGCAACAUUCCCUUCUAUUGAUAAACAUUCUUUCGAACGCUUAUUACAGAGAUUUGAAAUGUUCCGGUGGAACUAAGAGAAAACUUAGUUUCGCAAUGGCAAUGGUCGGUGGACCUAAGGUGAUCCUUAUGGACGAACCGAGCACGGGUAUGGAUCCUAGAUCGAAGAGAUUUCUAUGGGACACGAUUCUAGCUAGUUUCCAGGGCGGCAGGGGUGUUAUAUUGACUACCCAUUCCAUGGAGGAAGCCGACGCGUUGUGUUCGAGAGUCGGCAUAAUGGUGAAGGGUGAGCUGAGAUGCAUCGGCUCGACUCAGCAUCUAAAGAAUCUCUACGGCGCCGGUUAUACUUUAGAGAUGAAGCUGCUGGGCGGCGACUGCACACCGACGACACCUUCCGGCGACAGGAUCGCCGGUUUAAAGGAAUUUGUCGCCGGCCUCUUUCCCGACGCCACUCUGGAAGAGAGUUUCGCCGACCGGCUGGUCUUUGCCGUGCCCCAACAUGCCGUGAACUCGCUGGCUGAGUGCUUCACACAGUUGGAAAAAGCCAAGCUCGAACUGGACAUAGAAGAGUAUAGUUUUAGUCAAACUACCCUGGAACAGGUGUUCCUCAAGUUCUCACACUAGGGCAUUUUUGUGGAAUAACGCUCAUCGCGUCAUCGUGACGCGAAAAUAAACUCGCAAUUGUGCGCGGAAGAAACUAUUUACCUGCGUACAAAUGCGGAAAAAAAUGUGCUCGAACAUGACAGAGACGUUUUUAAUUGCUUAAUUGAUUUCCGGAAUUUGUGAAACAAUUUCCAUUGAUUUUUGCUAAGAAAUUAUGUGAUCGCGACGAUGUGAUGAAAUAUCAUGUCAGCAUCUUGUUACUUAUAACAGAAAACGGCAAAUAUAACGUAUUAUCUACUGGUUCUAGCGUUGUAUUACAAAAGAUUAUCAAAGAGACACGUCGUCUCGUGCCUUCAAAUCCUUGGAGGGACAAUGAAGAAACGAACAAAAUAAUGAAAGAAGAGAUGUUUGUGGGUAGUGUUAACUAUUUGAAAGUGUUGCAUCAAGGUGACAAGUCGAAAAUUUGAAGGUUUAAUGAAAAAUGAAGAAAUAACGAAAGAAAGAUGAAACGAACAUGAUGGAAAAAUGGAGGAACGAAUCUUAUCCAAGAUUCGUAGUGUAAAAUGAAGAGAAUGAAGCGUUACUUAAUUGUUCCACAGUAUUGAAAAAGCAAUUAGGGAGUUGUAAAAUAAUGAAGAAGCAAUUAGAAGUCAGGAACGGUUAUGUUGUACUUAAAAAAAAAAGAGAUAAGUCACUUUGCAACGCUAGACUGUUAAAGCAAAAAAAAAAAA